AUGACAAUGGGAAUGAUACAGGGCGAAGAAGUUUCCAAAAAAUUAUCUUUCAGUUGCAUCGAAUACGCUGGUGACAACCACUACACAAUGGGAGCAUGGUCACCAAUCAACGACACUGUAUUUAAUUGCGAUUUUGUCGAAACGCACUGCAAAUCAGGCAAUGAAACCAGACGAUAUAUUCACAUGCAGAUAGCAGAGCAGAAGUCAGCAACGGAUAAAAAUCUCGACCCGCAGAGAAAUCCCGAUGUGGUGUUAAUGGUGAUUGACUCCGUGGCAUCAACGCAAUUUAUAAGAGGUCUACCGAGAACAGUGAAUUUUCUUCUGCACGGAAUGGAAGCCAUAGAGUUCCGCAAGUUCAACAAGGUUGGAUCUAAUAGCAGGCCGAAUGCGUUCCCCGCUUUGGUUGGAAAAACCACGGAAGCGAUAGUAAGAAAGCCAAUGAACUUGCCCACAAUACCAGCUGAUUUGACAUACGACCAGUACUGCAGACGUUAUCUCGAUAAUGAAUCCUACGUACCACUCAUGUACAAGAAAGCUGGAUAUAAGGUCGAUCUCAACAAGUCGAAUGUUCGGUGCUGA